AUGCUAUUUACCAACUCGUUGAUUCUUUUCGGAAUCAUGUUCUGGGGUGACAAGUUCAUUCCGGACACACCGUCCGGUCGAAAUGCGCCAUUGGGAUCACCGCCAAGCGCCCACUUCACCAUUAUUUUCAAUGCAUUUGUUCUGAUGACACUGUGCAAUGAGAUCAAUGCCAGGAAGGUUCACGGUGAACGAAAUGUCUUCAAAGCUGCACUUGGAUACACUAACUCCAAUUCCGCAACUCUCAAGGCGACGAGGGGAGGGAGGACAGGGGGACUCUUCUCGAAUCCGAUUUUCUGCGUCAUCUGGAUCACAACGCUCAUUUCACAAGUGUUAAUCGUACAAUUCGGUGGUCAUUGGUUCUCCACCGCUCCACUGAACGCCAUCCAAUGGGCGAUCUGUAUCGCCUGUGGUCUGGGAGAACUUAUUUGGGGACAGACGAUUUUUGCCGUAGUUUGCGAAUUAGUAGUAGAUUCAAGUAUCAGAGUGAAUCAAAAUCGAGAGGGCAACGCUCAGGUCGUCACGACGAUACCGUCGUCGAUAUUGCCGAAAUCAUUCCGAUUCGGUAAAGGAGAAGUGAAACCGACGUCAAUUCUGCUCACCGGCGAUUACGACGCACCGUCGUCGUCGUCGAUGGCACCAAAACCGGACGGUCUCCAGGAGAAACGUCCCGGUCAAAUGCUC